UUUCAUUUUAAACAAAAUAAUAGCCAAAUCUUUUCGAAAACAAUUUAAUAUCCAAAUCGUCAACUUUCCGUCCGUUUGACCAUUAGUUGACACUUCAUCAAGCUCGAAGUACGACACUUCAUCAAUAUACAUCGAUAUCUUCUCUGAAAAACCACCAACAUAUCGUGAUUCCAAACCCAAGAAGUCCAUGACUCCACCAUGAUGGUAUAGAAUAUCUAAAUAUUCAGUCAUCUGCAAUGCCAAAACAAGAAAACAAAGCUGUAUUGUGACAAUUUCCCCUAAACAAAGCUUUUUUGAAGUGUCAACUAACGGUCAAACGGACGGAAAGUUGAUGAUUUGGAUAUUAGAUUGUUUUCGAAAAAGUUUGGCUAUUAUAUUGUUUAAGAUGAAAGGUUUGGAUAUUAAAUUGUAUUUACCCUAAUAAUUAAAAAGAUGACCAAUUCAACGGGGAAAUGACCAAGAAAAGCUAAUUGUCCUGCAAUCAACAUUUUGGAUGUGUUUGGGACAUUGAUUGAAGUGACCCAGUUGUCAGUGAUUAACAUCUGACGGGCAUUUUCAUAAACCACCCAGCUGGGUACUAUAAACUACAAGUACUUGAGAUAAAUUUGAGAAACAGUGACCACUAAACCAACUUACUAAUUUUUUUUGAAAGUAACCAACUUACUAAUUUUUAACUUUAAUUUAGCAGAGUUAUCAAGUAUAUAUUAAACCAAAAGAGUGGAUAAAAUAUUAAUAUUAAUAAGUAAUGAAAUUAAGAUGAUUCAAUCUGGAAGGACUCCUCGUAAGUCGUUACUAACAGACAUAUAUUUGUUUAAUAGUAUUCCUCAUUGAUCCCAUCGUUAGUAUAGUAUAUUAGUAUAUUGAAAAAGAUAGUCUUUCUGGAUAUAGUUUACACCGUUGCUUAGUGGUAAACGUUACGUUUGGCUGAGAAACUCUCACGUUGUCAUCGUCAUAUGUAAAUAAUUUAACCUACUCCAGCUUAUUUCAUCCCUACAAAUAGCUCGGCAAAUGAUGAAGUGAUUAUCAUAUUCAGUAUCCCACAACACAAAAAUCUAACCUACUGAUCUUUCUGUCUCUUCUCAAAGCUCCUUCCUGCCACUGUUUUUUGUUUACGUAGCCGAUCGAUCGAUUGCCAUGGCGGCCCAGAAGAACUCCUCUUUCUUGCUCCUUAGCCUGCUUCUGCUGCUCUCCUCGACCAGUGUUAGCUUCGCUCAGACCGGCAUUGCUAGCUUCACCAGUUCUCCUUAUUCGAAACAAUCGUGCACCGACAAAGUGCCGAAAAUCAAGAUGUUCACCGGGCUGAACGAGACCCUCUAUGGCAACGGGGACAUCUGCGGCACAAACUACAUCGUUACUUGCAUCGGCGCCGUGGACCCUCAACAGACUUCUCCCUGCAGAAGGACCAAAACCGUCACGGUGACCGUUACCGACAGCUGCACGGUGGAAGCCGACGGCAAGCCUUGCUCUACGUUCGUGUUGUCGGCAGAAGCCUUCGCACAGAUUGCAAGACCUCAGGCUGGGCUUGCCAAGGUUGCCUAUAAACUGGUUUCAUCUUCUUGAGAUAUCUAUGCACUUUUUACGGCGAAAGAUCGAAGACUGGCUCCUUUUAUGAAGACAAGAAUAAUAAUUAGGGUUUCAUAGAACAAAUUAAAAGAAGAGAAGCAAAGCUAAGGAGAAUUUGAAGAUCGUGUAAUAAACAGUUGCCGGAUCGGACUUGGCUUAUAGCUGAAUCGCAGCUAAUUAACUUUGUUCAAGGCGACAUGUGUUAGUAUAUGCCGAUGUUGUUAGUUUUCUUUCUGAUGUUGAAGCUAUUGAAGCGUGAAUGUCAUUUACUCCAAUGUGCAAAUUGGUUCUCUCCAAGUCUAACACAUUCACAGUAAUUCGAGAUGUUUUAAGAAAAUCAAAUAUGAAUUUUAUACUAUUUUCUUAUAUCUAUGACCAUUCUGGUUACAAACCAAUUAGUCGAGCUGCUAGCUCUUACUAAAUCCCUAGUUGCAAAUGGGGCACUACCUAAAUAUCAUUUUGCCUUAUGAGUGAAUCAAUUGGUUCUCCUCAUGACCGAGUGCUGAAAAUUGACCCGUCCCGUUUAUGAUAUUGCCUACUCUGCUUUUGAAGGGUCAACUUAUAAAACUGAUUCUUCUUGCUCAUGUUUCCUUCUCGACAUGUUUGACUCUUUAGAGUUGAAGUGGGUCGGGUCAAUUAGUCUGUUCAAGUCAAUACGUACGAUGAUUUUUUAAUAUGAACUCACAGGGAAAUAUGCAUCUAAAUUCUAAAGUAAACUGUCAAAUAACCUUUGUUGGACCACAAGCGGCAAAAAUAAAUGGGGAUAGUGGGCUCAUAUAGUGGGGUUUUCUAUUUUCUAUUACAAAAAAUAGUUAUUGCAAUGAAACUAACAUGAGUUGUGUUAGCAAAAAAAUUUUACAGAUAAUAGGAAUUAUGCAAGGUUGUCAACCCGCGGGUCGACCCAUUUUGACCCUGACUUGGUAAGAAAAACGGGCCGCACGUAUCCGUCGGGUCAACCGCUACAAGGUAUCUGGUUGGAGGUCAAAUUGUCAUUUUUUUCUUUGAUUUGCGAAAUGCGUCUAUUUUCCGAUUAUUCUUUUGGCACAACUCAAUCUUUGGAAUCCUUAGUUGAACAUUUGAAUAUUGAUGUUAUGUAAGUGUGUGUAAAUUUUCACUAUAUGUUGGAUCCAAGUACGACAUGUUACUUUCGUGUAAUGUUAUAUGCUAUUACUCAUAUAUUAGAUGAGAUUUGAUAUAAUUUAUCAGGAUAAGUACAAUAUAAUUACUCUUUCCAUAUUUCCGGGCUAAAAUGGGUGACCCGUUAACCCUUGACCCACUAGAUAGACCGAGUCCGAGUCAACCUGCGGGCUAACAACUUUGCACAUAUACAAUUGGCUUAGUAAUUUCAUUAAUGCGGAUGUUCUAAGUCUCUUUUUAAAAUAAUAACCAUUAUUUGAU